GUUAAUUGUAGGCGGGGUAGAAAAGAGGUAUGCUCCGGAAAGUGUUUCCUAUCGUCACUGCUUCUUCUUCGAUUCGUACCUUGAGAACUCUUGGUUGUCGGCUACUUGGGAAACAGCAGCAAAGGACCUUCCAGUUCAGUCGCGGCGUGUUGGCGAACAUGGAGUCUUCUGCGAUACCAGCAUCGUCUUGUCCAGAACAGGCUUUCGAGAAAAUGGAGGAAGCAGGCGUACCGAAGGCGUCCCAGCCCAGCGAAGCAGCGGAGCCUUCUGCAGAACAGAAAGCAGAAAGCAAAGAGCAGCAGCUACCAAAGUUGAGUGCGCAAGAAUACAGAAUAUACAACUCCAUGGCCGAGCACAUGGAUAUGUUUCACAACAACUUCCGACAAACCUGGAAUACAAUUUACGCCGCCUGCGUCUCUAACACACGACCCUCGGGCUUCUCGAUCCGCCAGUUCCUCGCUCUCAUCGGCCAAUUCUGCCACCACCUCACUAUUCACCACACGAUAGAGGAGCAGCAUAUUUUCCCUGUGCUCGCGAAGAAGAUGAAGUUCUUCAAUCCGAAGGAACAUGCGCUGAAGCAACAUCGGGGAAUACAUGAUGGAGUCGAGGCGUUGGAGGAAUGGGUGCAACAGGUUAAGGAAGGGUCGAGAGAGUUUCAGCUGAAGGAGCUAAAGGUAGUGAUGGAUGGGUUUGGGCAGGUUCUGUGGGCGCACCUGGAGGAUGAGGUGAGGGAACUGGGAGCGGAGAAUAUGAGGAAGUAUUGGAGUGUGCAGGAGAUGAGAAGAAUGCCAAUGUAGGAGGGUGGCGACAUUGGAGGAUGCGACUCGGCAUGGGAGUACAGAACCGGACUGGAGCCGGGACACAGAUUCAAAUCUGGAGCAUGGUCGCGAAGUCGCAUUGUGAC